UAACAGACUGGUCUUUUGCUCUGAACAGCAGGAUUAGACGAAUGUGAAAAAAAACCAAGAGAAAUAAAACGAGAGCAAAGACUGAAUCGAAAGACAGCGAAACAAUUGAGAAUAUUUUCUUUUAAACCUCAAAUUCAAAUUUUUGUGUUUUGUUUUUUUUAAAAGCAGGGCAGAGCAGUCAGGGUUUUAUAAAAAUGUACAAAUCGAGACAGACUGACGGCCUGAACUGUGCGAAGUUUAUAUAACAUAAGGGAGAGAGGGAGAGAGAGGGAGAGAGAGAGGGAGAGAGAGAGAGAGGGAGAGAGAGAGGGAGAGAGAGGGAGAGAGGGAUGGGUAACUGUACCAAAUCAUCAAUGAAGAACAAACUACAAAAGGGCUCGGUCGAGGGAGGAGGGGUCCUGACUGCUGCGAUGGGGGGUGUGGCCUCUCGCAUGGAGAGGGCGGAACCCGGCGAGGGGGAGGAGUUGGGGGAGGAGUCAGAGCGGGAGUUCGCUGAGCCGCUGUGUACGCUGGUUCAGAACUGCACCAUGCUGCACGGACUCGCGGGUCCAGCCUGCAUCUUCCUGCGGCAUGGCUUCGGUCAGGCACAGCUCGACAGGGAGCUGCGACCUGAGGAAAUCGAAGUUGAGUUUUGUGUUUCAGAACUGAAGGAGGCGUUCAGGGAGUUUGAUAAGAACCGCAAGGGCUUCGUCAGCUGCAAGGACCUGGGGGAGUGCAUGAGGACCAUGGGAUACAUGCCCACUGAGAUGGAGCUGAUCGAACUGAGCCAGCAGAUCAGUGGCGGGAAGGUGGAUUUCGAUGACUUUGUGGAGCUGAUGGGCCCCAAGAUGCUGGCAGAGACUGCGGACAUGAUCGGGGUGAAGGAGCUGAGGGACGCCUUCAGACAGUUUGACUCUAACAAGGACGGUCAGAUCAGCACAGCGGAGCUCAGAGAAGCCAUGAAGAAGCUGAUGGGGCAGCAACUGAACCCCCGAGAGAUCGACGAGAUCGUGAAGGACGUGGAUCUGAACGGAGACGGGCUGGUCGACUUCGAGGAGUUUGUGCGCAUGAUGUCUCGCUGAGUCCCCAGUCUGUCUGUCUGUCUCAAUCUGGGGGGGGACAAACACAGCUGGACAACGUCCAACACUGGAAACCAGGGACUGACGAGAGAGAGAGAGAGACCCAGACAUGCAAAACACAAUUCUGAACUUUUAUCUUUAGACACAAGUAUUUUAUUCCAUCUUAUUUAUUCCACAUCGUGUUUCUUAACGCUGUUUUAUUGUUUUUCUGUGCGGUGGGGCUGGCGCCAGUCUCACAGUCAAGAAACUGGCGCCGUGUUGGCUCCUGUAGCAGCCGCUGCUUGUGCUAAACUAUAGGCAUCUUGAGCCAAAAUGGCCGCCGCCAGUUUGCAGUUUCCUCUCAUCUGCAGCAGUGUCGAGAAGCGCCCCCUCUGGUGGCUAACGUCUGCCAUUGCAAGGUAGAAUCCGUUAUUGUAGAACACUCUGUUUCAGGGGCGAGAGGAGAGGGAUUCUGUUUACAGGUUCGUGCAGGUCUGCUCGUUUUCAGGGUCCUCUCUUUAAGCAAGAUCCGUCUUUUAAUAUCGACCACAGCCCAUAAUACUCCUCAGCACCACACUGGAGACGGCAGCUGUUUACAGAGCUAAAAAAUAAGCAGAAAUGCACCGGAUUCAACACACAGGGGAACAAAUCCCAGCUCAGCCACUGACUCCCUGUGUGUGUGUGACCCUGAGCAAGUCACUGAACCUCCUUGUGCUCCGUCCUUCAGGAUGAGACGUCAAACAAACGAGCUCCUAUUGGAAGUGACUCUGCAGCAGCCACUGACUCCCUGUGUGUGUGUGUGUGACCCUGAGCAAGUCACCGAACCUCCUUGUGCUCCGUCCUUCAGGAUGAGACGUCAAACAAACGAGCUCCUAUUGGAAGUGACUCUGCAGCAGCCACUGACUCCCUGUGUGUGUGUGUGACCCUGAGCAAGUCACUGAGCCUCCUUGUGCUCCGUCCUUCAGGAUGAGACGUCAAACAAACGAGCUCCUAUUGGAAGUGACUCUGCAGCAGCAGCAGCAGCAGUUGUUGAUGAUGCAGAGUUCACCCCCCUAGUCUCUGGAAGUCUCUUUGGAUAAAAGCGUCUGCUGAAUGACCUAAAUAAUAAAGACAAGCGACCAGCUCACUUGUGGCUCAAACCUGUUGAUAGAAUCCCCCUCUCUCACAGACCCGCUGGGAUUUCCUUACGCUGUGUGGGGCGAGUGUUCCACAUGAAUGAGAGCAGCAUUUUAAAACUGGCAGCAUCUCCAACUCUGGUCAAAAGUCUUGCAUCAUCACCCUCUAGAAUGAAAGCUGCUGAAUAAUGUUCCCUUGUUAACAUAUUGAAUUCCACCCCCUCUAUAUAGAAUGAACUCACUCAGCUUCAUAGAGUCCAAUGAAAGCUGCUGAAUAAUGUUCCCUUGUUAACAUAUUGAAUUCCACCCCCUCUAUAUAAAAUGAACUCCCUCAGCUUCAUAGAGUCCAAUGAAAGCUGCUGAAUAAUGUUCCCUUGUUAACAUAUUGAAUUCCACACCCAGCACUUUGUAUAGUUUUCCCAUCUACUUAAACAAAAAAACUGACGUUGAAAAAUGUGACAUUUCAAAAUCCAACAUGAAGUACUACUGUACUACGAUCAUGGGUUCCGGUAGACUUUUUUUGUGAUAUCAGUUUGUAGUUUCUUUGUUCAGAAGAUGUUAAAUAAAAAGUAUUUAAAAUUUA